AAUCACAUGAUAAGAUAGGGCUGAUCCUCUCGAACUCGAUUCGUCUGCUGAGGUACAGACCCGGAAUACAUGAUUCCUUCUAGCGACUAUGAACAAGGGCGGUGCUGUCAGAUUGUGGCACGCUUGAUUGUCAAUUUCAAUCACUAGUUGCGACGACUGCGGCCACGUCCUCUCCUUCCUGCCUCCCACUCACCUCUUGGUCCAUACGCGUGCUGCUUUUGCGAAUCAUCGUGCUUGCUGCGCAUGCUUCUCAAAUCCACCGAGUCAUUUUUCUCUCCUCCACCGUCCUCCGACCCGGACUCUGAGCAAGAGCACGAGUAUGAGGCAUGCUCAUGUGUGUACCCGGACUCGGACGAUGAGCGGACGUUGAACGGGGACGCCCCGCCCUCUCACUCACCAUUCUGCCAUCGAGGCUCUCAGGACACUCGGUUUUUUGACGCUCACCGCCGCGCCCACUCGCUUGCCACAUCCUCAUCGUCUUCUUCCGCCUCCUUCUCCUCCCGAGCCCCGACACCUCCGCACGCACACUAUCAUCAGCGUCCCUCUUCGUAUUCGCCUAGCCAUCCGUAUCUGCAGCCUCAAGACGUGCAUCCUCACCUGCCUUAUCUUCCUCCACGCACGUGCGCCCACAUCUGCACAGAAUGCUUUCCGGUAAACGCGGAUCUGCCCUCGACGACUAGCAAGGAGCGGGAGGAUGAUGACGUGGAGAAGGCAACGGGGAACAAGGAGUCUGCUCGAAAAUGGCUUGGUUUCGGAUGGGAUAACCGCUUCGUGUGGAUCAUCAUGGCGAUACUCUCCUCGCUUACUGUGGGCGUCAUGGCUAUAGUGGAGCGCAUGAUGCUGCGUUCCAGCCCUAUUUCGGGGGCUACGCAGUGGCCCGGGGUCGCCCACUCACUGAUUGAACAUUUCACCAUGGCAGAUGCUUUUCAGAUCUUGAUAGUCAUAUUCUCUCUUCCCAGUGUCUUUCUCCUCGUGCUUCUGCUCUUCCGCCCACGGAGACCAACACUCUUCACACCCACUAUCACUCAGAUCCAGAUCCUCACCUCGCUUGCCAUUGUGUGGAUUGUGCUCCUGAUGUUGACGCAUGCUGGCAAGAUUGCAACGUGUCGUGGAAAUGCAGGCGUGCUCGAGGGCGUGUUCGAACUUGCCGUGGAGGAGUUGGACUUGGAGCUCGGCCAGCGGAUGAGCACCUGUGCGCUGUACAGGGCAGAGCACUGGGUGAUGUUUGUUGUCCCCACGUCAUUGUUGCUCGGUGCAUUUGCGACUUAUCGCCGAGCUGUGCGGGUGCAUGGAAAGGGCCUGGUGCCGUUACCGGUGAAGACGCCGAUGGUUGAGGCGUGGAGGGUGUCAAGUAUCUAAAUAGAUGGAAGUGAUUUGUUUGAUCUUUUUUGCUGUACUCACCUGUUGUACUUGAAACCUAUAUCCACAUCAGAUAUGACCGUAUUGAAUCUAUGCCUUUCAAGUUUGGCUCAUAGGAUGUAAACCCGUUUUUCCGUAUUCUGCUCCCUUUGUAACCGGACAAGCUCACGGCUUCCCUCGUCAACAACGAUAUUCGGGAACUGGUCCGGGUCAUCCGAGUCCGAGAU